CUUCAGUUUGAGCUAUCCCCUCUGUAUGCGAGUUGCCAACCUUCAGGAAAUGCUCAACUUGUAGAGGCCGUCUAGAAAGCUGGCGUGCGUCCACUGCCUUGGGAAGGGGUCGCCGUGUCCAUUUAGAUUGGCAGGGUGACUACACGUUGCUCCACGUUAGCUUAACCGCCUAGGCAGUCGUGUCGCGUCCAGAACUUGCUACUGAAUAUCAUCUGCGGGUGCGCGAUCAACUCUCCAGCGACCCGAGGUUCUCCUUCGCCAUCGUCUUCUCGUCUUGCUCCUCGAACAGGCUCUAGAGAUCUGAAGACCCGGCGGCCAUGUCCAAGAUGCUUUCGAAGGUCGCGCUCGAGCGCAUCCCGUCACUGACGUUUUACAAGGACGCAUUGACGCUGUCAAAGAGAGGCGACCCGGUACCUCAGCUCACGUGCGUGGGCAAAGCAUGCAGGUUGUACGAGCCAGACGUCGUGCGGUGCACGAAUGCCGGCGGCCAUGGUACCGAAGUGGACUGGAAGUGCGAAGCGGACCUCCCGGAGGCCCUGCGCUUCGGAAGGGUCGAGGUGUCAUGCGAGGGAUGGAGUGGUCCUGGCGAUCCGUACGUCUUGAAAGGGUCUUGCGGUCUCGAAUACCGACUUGUGCAGAUCCCUGAUGCCCUGCGUCGACCCGACGAACACCACCGCCAUCACUCUCGGAUUCUGAAUUGGAUUGCAGCGGCGCGCGAGAACCCGUCUGCUGCAGUGUUCACAAUCGUCUGGACGGCCUGUCUCCUCCUCAUUCUGUACAGCUUCCUCAAGUCCUGCUUCACCAGCCGGACAGGCAGUUCGUCGUCGUCUGGCUCACGCCCCCGUCCUCCAGACACUGGGCCGGGCUCCGGGUGGUUCGGCAGUAACGGAGAUCACAGUCCAGGCACUCACGAUGCGCCGCCUCCGUACACCAAGUACCCCACCGGGUCGACACCUGGUGUGAACCCCAUGCCGGGCUUCUGGACGGGCGCUGCACUCGGCGGGCUCGGCACGUACCUCUUCAACCGUGGCCAGCGAGAGCGCGUCCAGCCACGCCCGAGCGCAUAUGACUGGGAACACGACCGGCUGUUCCGCGCGUCACCGUCCGCCGCGUUUGAGCAGCCGCCGCGGGAGUCUGGAGGCGGGUUUGGACGACGCGCGGCGUUCACCUCGGAUGAUCGUGGGGAGGGCUCGUCGAACCUUGGCUCGAUGAGGAGAAGCACGGGCUUGGGAGGAUCGAAUGUGAGAUGAUGUUACGAAGGCGAUCGUCAUUGGUGUCAGAGGCCGAAGAAGUUCUCUGUAUGCAUGUAUUGUAUAUGUAUGUGUUACUUGCUUCCUGGACGGCCAUGACGGUAUCCUGUGCUCAUCACACCGACACACUCAAGCCAAUCAACUUGUCGACGACCCAGUUGUACUGAUGUAUAUGGCUGAAAGAUAGGGACUUCAAUCGAAGUACCGGUGUC